AUGGACUAUUUCACUUAUGUACCAUCGAUCAAGGUCUUUAUCUGCAAGACCUGCCAUAAAGCAGAAUAUGGCAAUAAUAUCCGCCAUCAUCUACAUCAGUUCCCCCACAAUAUCCCCAAAAGGGACGAGAUUAUUGAGCAUUCAUACCGUUGGGCACAGCAAUUUAACCACAUCCGAAACCAAAGAGACCUCUAUAAGCUACCAUAUCCGAUUCCUCUGGGACCAGCUAUUCCUGACCUUCCUCCAGCACGAUCAAAUGGCUUUCGAUGCCUUUUCACACCAUCUUGCUAUCAGAUAUGUGCCUCAACGCGGGAGUUGCAUCGUCAUUUGCGGGAUAUCCAUCAUGAUCUGAGCUGUUUUGGGAAGAAAGGCAGACCAGCAAAGGGCAGGGAAGCACCGACUGCUAGUCCGCACUUCCGAUCUGGAGUAUACUAUCAACGCUUAUUCCUAAAAGGUCCUCGCAGCGAGUAUUUUGAGGUUGAUCCGGAAGCUAGACUGGCGGAACCAUCUGAUCAGGAAGUUGCCAUCAAGGACUUCUUUACUAAUCGCUUGUUGAUCGUCCAGAAUGAUGGCAAUAUGAUGGAGCAGCCAGAUCAGUUUACGCAACCGUCUCCUUGGCUUGACCGGCUCGGCUGCGUAACACAUAUCUGUUUACCGCCAAGUGAUGUCGUAGCCGAUGCAAACGCUGGUACGGUCGAGAGUGCCUUUGGUGUUGUUGUGACCCUCGGCAAGAAAAUCUCAUAUCGAAGAGAUUUGGCGAAUCCAGCAUCGGCCUUUGAGAACAAGGCGAAUGAAGUUGCCAAGCUCAUUACAGCAUGGACCAAGCACCAAACUGUAACUUGUCUGCGAGAUAUCGUGGAAGGCGUUCACAAACUAUGGAUGAUUCAGAAACUCGAUGAGUUACUCAACUACAUAUUAAACAAUCCCAUGGACCCGAACUUGAGAGCCAGCUUGCAUGAUAUAAUCCGAAAAGUGGCCAGAUACAACACAGUUGAACACAGUCGACAUGUCCACGCCAUGGGGUCUCGGGUUACCGCAUUGGCUAAUCCAAGCUGUACUAAAAGCCUCGUUCACUUGAAAGCGUUCAUGCCAAUUCGUGGCGCGAAUUUCGGCACUAACCAAGCUCCAGUUGCAAUUCGACAGCUCAUCCGUCGGUGGCUUACAGAUCAAGAGGCCGACAACAUUUUCUCGAGGUUCCAAAAAGCCUGCAUCCCUAACCGUCAGGUGCUAUGGAGCGGCAUGUUGCGUGAACAGGCUCAGCAAUGGGCCGAUGCGCAUGGAUUUCAAACACUGACAACCGCUCUCGGUCCGCUUUUGUGUCCUGAUGACCCAACAUGUCCCCACAAACAAAACUCUGCGACAUAUAUCCAUGGCGCUUCUAUCAUUUUUGCAUGGUUUAUUUCCCAUGGUGGUCUAGUGACAGUACUCUCGCAUCCACCUCCCCUCCGUUUUCACCCUUCUGGACAAACGUUUUAUCAAUUAUAUGAAGAGCCUAUUAUUACGGGUAGGAUGGGUAAUCGGCCUGUGGGGAGGAUUGACACGGCUCACCCGGCCAUCAAGAUAGCUACCGAUUUCGUAUAUCAAUUGUGGCCGUAUGAUAAUUCGUCGCUUUGGACAAAGACGUUUGGAAUUCCGGAUAUCGAAUUAGAGUGGCGCAAGACAAAAAUAUUCAAACCUAGUACUCAGCGGCCAGAAGCAAACUUGCAGUCUACAUUAUCAAUGACGUCGGAUAGAGCAGAGGCUGUAGAGCCCUCUGACAAGUCAAUGACUAAUGAAAAGAACGUGAUGGCAAAAAAAGGACGGCAGAGAAAGAAGAAGAAGCGGAAGGUAUCGAAUGCGAUAACCAACAAAGGGGAAAGACCAACUUCUGAAAAAUUAUGCAAAGGUGGCACUUCUAUGGACAAGCAGCAGUUGGUCAAAAAGGCAGUGACAAGUAAUAAACAAAGCAUUACGGAGAGCAAGAGGAAGAAAAUGAAUGAGAAGUGGAAAUGCCAAGUGGCACCUAUAUCACAAAAGGCUUAA